AUGUCCGAGCCAGGCCCAGAGUCGUUUCCGACCAGUGCAGACCCGCGCAGCAAGCGGCCCACGAAGCGUCGCGCCGUGACACCACUUACUGAACACGCGAACCAAAUUGAGACUCUCUUCAAAGACCCAAGCAAGGACAUCAAGCUACCUGAUUCUGCUUUACAACGCUCGUCAGCACUCCUUGCGCCACCAGAGAUCGUCACCAAUGUUCAGGGUUCUUCUGCUGGUGCGGGCUCCGGUGAAUUCCACGUCUACAAGGCCAGUCGGAGGCGGGAGUAUGAGCGUCUACGCAUGAUGCAGUCUGAGGUGGAUCAGGAAAAGGAUAAUGCCGAAUGGGAGAAAGAGCGUGCCGAAGCCAAGCGCAAGGAUGAUGAGAAGACGGAUAAGAAUCGACGCAGGAGAGAGAAAAAGAAGAACGCACGGGGCAAGAAUGGUGGUGACAAAACGAACACAGCACCAACAAAGGCUGGCCCUGCGCCCGGGACGACUCUCAGUGCAGAUGGAAACAAGGACGGUGUCGCUCAUGGGGCUACGGAUGGUCAGCCGGUUCAGGAAGUUCCCGGUGUCAUUAUCCAUGACGAUGAUUAA